GAAAACCAUUAACAUUAAAAUUAGUGACAUUUUUCCUAUUACGUAUAAACAUUUAACAUAUUUUGAACUAUGUUAUAUGUUGUUUCAUAAGUGCAGGAGUUGCAUAGCAGCAAGUGUUACGUAGAACUGGGGCGUGUGAGGACUUUGACAGGAGGCGCGCAGUGACCUCUGGUUAUAUGGGUAAUUCACGUCUGGAGUAUAAGGUCCUGAAAGGGUGGAGCAUCAAUAGACUCUUAAAUGUUCAUUCCACCUGGAAGCUUGUCACUUUUUCUCUCCUCUUCUCUGCUUCAGUCUCUCUGGCUCCAUGGAUGUGAGUGAGUUAAAAAUGUUGCCUGCCGGGGAAAGCGAUGGCACAAAGGUGUGUGUAAAGGUGCCGGGCCCAACUCUGACAUACCAGAAUAUUCAAUAUUGCAUUAGAGAAAGCCGUGGACCGUGCCGCAAGAGAGGUCCUGAGCGAGAAAUCCUAAAAAAUGUCAGUGGAAUCAUGAAAACCGGCCUGAAUGCAAUCAUGGGAGCAACAGGAAGCGGCAAAACAUCGCUGUUAGAUGUGAUCGCUGGAAGGAAGGAUCCUCACGGUUUGCGUUCAGGUCAAGUUCUGGUUGACAACAAGGUCGUGACCUCUGACCUCCGUCUCAUGUCUGCCUAUGUCGUACAGGAUGAUAUCCUGAUGGGCACUCUGACUGUGCGGGAGAAUCUUUUAUUCUCUGGAAAUCUGCGGUUGCCUAGGAAACAGUAUUCCACUGCUGAUAAGGAUAAAAAAGUGAAGAGCAUCAUUCAGGAGCUGGGAUUAGAGGACUGCGCAGACACCAAGAUUGGUACAGAGUUUAUAAGAGGUGUAUCAGGAGGAGAAAGAAAGCGCUGUAGCAUUGGUAUGGAGCUCAUUACAUCUCCUACUCUUCUGUUCCUGGAUGAACCGACCACAGGCCUUGACUCCAAUACAGCUAACAGCAUCAUUGCUCUCUUACACAGGUUGUCACGGGGUGGUAGAACUAUCAUUUUCUCUAUCCACCAGCCACGUUACUCAAUCUUCAGGCUCUUUGAUCACCUGACACUGCUCCAUAAGGGAGAAACCGUUUAUGCUGGCGCUGCCGGCAAAGCCAUGGACUAUUUCCAGAGUCUGGGUUACACAUGUGAGGCUUUCAACAACCCUGCAGAUUUCUUUCUGGACAUAACAAAUGGGGAGGCCCUUUCUUCAAUGCCAACAGAGAAGUCAUUGGCUGAUAUUUACAGGGAGUCUCACUACUGUGAUGCUGUCAAAGAGGAGUUGAAAUGUAUCACUGAACCAUCAGAUCCCUCAUCUGAAGCCAAGAGCAAGGCAGCAUCCUAUGCCACAUCAUUUUUCUACCAGUUAAAGGUGGUAUGCUGGAGGACAAUGCUGAACGUUGUCAGGAAUCCUCAGACCUCAUAUGCUCAGAUGGCAAUGAACAUUCUCUGUGCUCUGCUGAUUGGACUCAUCUACUACCAGAUGCCUUUAACUCUUCCUGAAGCCUUGCAGAACAGGAUUGGAGCAUUCUUCUUUCUCAUCAUCAACAUGGUGUUUGGCAACCUAUCAGCAGUUGAACUCUUCAUUAAUGAAAGAGCAAUCUUUGUGCACGAGAACUCUGGGGGAUAUUACCGUACAUCUGUGUAUUUCCUGUCCAAGGUGUUUGUGGAUCUGUUACCAAAUCGCAUUGUGCCGAUUUUCAUCUUCUCCAGCAUUUCUUACUAUAUGAUGGGGUUGAAUCCAUCAUUCCCGACCUUCCUGUGUUUUGCAUUGACCAUGUCCAUGGUCAGUCUGGCAGGAGUCAGCUUGGCCUUCCUUGUCAGUGCCAGCGUGAGCACAUUCGCCAUGGCCAACGUCCUCAUUGCCUUGCCUUUUGUCUUCAUGAUGGUGUUUGGAGGGUUCCUGGUGAAUCUCAACUCCAUGCUCAACUGGCUGUCCUGGCUCAAGUGGGCCAGCAUCUUCAAAUAUGGACUAGAUGCUGUGACUAUAAAUGAAAUGAAAGGGCAGGUCUUCUACAGUGGCAAUGCGACACUAACAGGAGAGAUGUAUCUGCAGUCUCAGGGGAUCGACUACAGUGUGUGGGGCUUCUGGCAGAACCAGGUGGCUCUUCUGGGCAUUAUACUGGUGUGCAUGACGUUUGCAUACAUACAGUUGCGCAGGAUCAACCGCUGGAAAUAA